GUGUUUUAACAUAUUUUUUAACACUGUCAUACAACAUUUAAAAUGUAUGGUGUAGCAAAGCAUGCCAUUAAUGAUCUAGUAAAAAUGAAGACAUGGCAUGCUGAUUGCAUGGCAGAAGAUAAAAAGGUACACGUCAAUUUUUGAUAGAAAUGCUGCAAAAAAUGUAUAGGGAGUAGAGAGAGGUACAACAAAAAUGGUGAUGCAGGAGCAGGAGGCAAGCUGUGCAUGUAGGAAUGAAUAUGUUUGCUUGUUUAAGAGAGAUGCCACACACACGGGGUUUUACAUGGUUUUACGGGGUGGUUAGGAUUUAAUUGGCUCAGAUUUGAUAAAGUGAGGUGGGCCCACCACUUAAAAUAGGGGCAGGGGGCAAUUAGUGAAGGCCACGCAACAGGGUCCAUGAAAGUCCGUGACUUUUACGGGUGUGUGUAGUAUUAUCGCUUGUUUAGUAUAGUACAACAAAUCUCUAUCUCUACUAUACUUAAAAAAAAGAUUAAGGUUCCUUCUCCUACCGCCGGACCAUGUUCUGCCCUCCCUUUGUGCACCUCCCCGUGUUCGGUUUCCUGCCCGCUCACCCCGCCUCUAUUUUUCUCGUGAAAAGAAACCCUUGAGAAAAUAUGAGCCAUCCCGAUCCAAAUCUCUAUGUCCCAUCCCGAUCUGGCCGCCGCCACCAUUGUCGACGCCACCUACCCUUCCCUUUCUUCUCGCAAGCGACGGAUGAGAUCGUCGUCUCAAGCAGCGCGCCACGCGCUUGGCCCCGCCCACGGACGCAGAGCACCUACGUCCAGCUUGUGAGUUGUGACCCAGCGAUUCGAUGCGAACGCCAUGAGGUACUUCUCCUAUGGCGCCCCCCGUCCACCGGCUUCCUCCAGGUUUCUCUCUUUCCCAUGUGCUGGCGCCAAAUCAUGGACUCCGGGAACGGUGGGGCAUAGGCGACUGGCCCUAUUCCCCUUUCCAUUCUUGCGGGGUCUCUCCCGGCGUCUCUUUUCUCGUCUCUGCUGAGUCGGCCAAACGACGACUAUUAAGGAUGCGUGAGGAGGCGAUUCCGGGAGGGUGUGGGUGCGCGGCUGGCUAACGCCCUAACUGCGAUUUGCUGCAGCUUGUGGCCUUGAUUCCUGCUCUGAUUGAUGCGUGCGUGGUGUUGGUAAUAUGCGUGCGUGUGGUGUUGGUAUUCCCCGCCUGAGAGAUGCGUGCAUGGUGUUGGUAGAUGUAGUGCUGUGUUGACCGAGGUGUGCUUGUUCUUAGAUUGAUGCAAGACCUGCAAACUGAUGUCCCCUCUCUGACACAUGUAAUUCAGAUGCAUGUGUGAUCUGUACUGCCACGUCCCUAUCUGUUGCAUAAUUUUCAUGACAACCAGCAAAUAGGAGCAGCCCUUGGUGAUGGAAGAGGGAGAAGCGAUGGGAUUCAACACAUUCAUUAGCUCUGCAGGCUGAGGUUAUAUACAGUUUUACAGAGGUUCGUGUGCCACUACCAGGCGAUCGUGGGCUAACAGGAUGCCCACUACUCUCACGCAUGCACAGACAAGAGGUCGUGCCGUAUACACAAUCCGUACGUAGGUACACUACGUAUACUCUAACACCCCCCCCCCCCAGUCUUGGCGUCGGUCGGAGCGACGCAAAGACUGUCCCGGAACUGGAGGAAAACGUCCGUGGACAAGUCUUUGGUCAUGACAUCGGCGAGCUGCUGCUUGGUGGGGAUGUGAAGGACUCUGAACUCGCCCAGCGCCACGCGCUCUCGUACAAAAUGGAUGUCGAGCUCCACAUGCUUGGUGCGCCGGUGAUGCACUGGGUUCGCGGAGAGGUAGCAGGCCGAGACAUUGUUGCAGAAGACCACUGUCGCCGUGCGGACUGGGAGGAGGAGCUCGCCGAGAAGCUGACGAAGCCACGCACUCGGCGACAGCAUUGGCGACGCCACGGUACUCGGCUUCGGCGCUGGAGCGCGACACCGUGGCCUGGCGCUUGGACGACCAGGAAACGAGGGUGUCGCCGAGGUAGACGCAGAAGCCAGAUGUCGAGCGGCGGGUGUCCGGGCAGCCGGCCCAGUCGGCGUCGGUGUAGGCGCGGAGAUCCAGUGUAGACGAGGCGCGUAGAUGGAGACCGUGGGCGGGCGCGCCGCGCGCGUAGCGCAGCGCACGCUUGACGAGAGCUUGGCGGCAGUCCCGCGGAUCAUGCAUGUGCAGGCAAACCUGCUGGACGGCGUACGCGAGCUCGGGCCGCGUGAUGGUGAGGUAUUGGAGAGCCCCGGCGAUGCUGCGGUACGCCGACGAGUCAGGCACACGCGGGCCGCUAGCCUGAGGAAGAAGCCCGCCUCUGGUGUCGAUGGGCGUGGGCGACGGCUUGCAGGUGUCCAUGCCCGCGCGUUCGAUGAUCUCCUCGGCGUACUUCUGUUGACAGAGGAAGAAGCCCGCCUGCAUGCGCGUCACCUGAAUGCCGAGGAAGUAGCGGAGCGCGCCAAGGUCCUUCAUGGCGAACUCAACAGUGAGCCGGUGCACAAUGCGAUGAAGAAGAGCCGGAGUCGAGGCGGUGAGGACGAUAUCGUCGACGUAAAGAAGAAACGCCGUGUCCGCCCCGCUGGUGUAGAUGAACAGGGAGGAGUCGGAGCGCGUCGCCGUGAAGCCGACCGUCUUGAGGAAGCCGACGAACGUCUGGAACCAGGCGCGGGGAGCUUGUUUAAGCCCGUAAAGCGACUUGUUCAGACGGCAGACAUGGUGCGGCCGAGCCUCGUCGACGAAGCCUGCGGGCUGGAGGCAGUACACCUCCUCGGCGAGCGUCCCAUGCAGGAACGCAUUCUUGACGUCCAGUUGGUGGACGGGCCACCCUCGCGAAGCAGCUAUGGUGAGAACAGUGCGGAUGGUGGCUGGCUUGACCACCGGCGAGAAGGUCUCGCCGUAGUCCACGCCCGCAUGCUGAUGAAAGCCGCGGACGACCCACCGCGCCUUGUAGCGUUCCAGAGAGCCGUCAGCGCGGAAUUUGUGCUUGAAGACCCAUUUGCCUAUGAUCAGGUUGGCGCCAGGCGGACGUGGAACCAGCUCCCAAGUACGGUUGGCGACGAGCGCGGCGUGCUCUUUGCGCAUGGCCGCGAGCCAGUGCAGAUCGCGGACGGCGACGCGCACAGAGCUUGGCACGGGAGAGAGCGAAGUGGAAGGCAGAGCAGCCGCAGCGUCGUAGUACUUGGGGUUCGGCUUGAAGAUGUCGGCCUGAGCCCGGGUCAGCACACGCCGCGACGGGCCGGCCAGAGCGGGCGGCGCGGAGGAGACGCUGGAGUCAGCGGAAGGCGUGCUCGACGACGAGGAGCAGGAGCCGUCCGUGCACGAUCCAGCGGCCGUGUUUGAAGUAGCAGAACGCGCGCUUGAUCGAGUAGCGCGGGAGCCGUCCGCGCGCGAUCUAGCGGCUGUGUUUGAACCAACAGAUGGCGCACGAGGGGACGGGAUGGCGAUGCCGUCCAGUCCUGAUCCGACGGCCCGCGGCGUGCAUGGUCGAACGACAGGUGAAGAAGGAACCUAACGGGCGAUCUGAAGCAGGGGCGGCGCGCCAAGGGGCGGAGGCGCCGGCGGAGCAACAGGUGGAGUGCUGUAAGCGUAGGGAAGGUGUCUUCAUGGAAGUAGACAUGGCGUGAGGUGAGGACUUGUUUAGACGGAAGGUUGAGGCAGCGGUAACCGCGGUGAUCAGAGGGAUAACCAAGGAAAACGCAGGCCGACGAGCGAGCGUCGAGUUUGUGGCGCGAAGUAGCAGCAGUGCUGGGGUAGCACAGGCAGCCAAAAACACGAAGCGAGGCGUAAUCGGGUGCCACACCGAGCAGGAGCUCAUGUGGAGUGCGCGGCGAGGUGCGAUGACAGGGGCGUCUGUUGAGCAGGUAGGUGGCGGUGUUCAGGGCUUCGGCCCAAAAACGUGGCGGCAGCGAGGCAUGGAAGAGCAGUGUGCGCACGCUGUCGUUGAGGGUGCGAAGAGUGCGCUCCGCCUUGCCGUUCUGUUGGCUGGUGUACGGGCAAGACAGCCGGAGCACGGUGCCGUGGGAAGCGAGGAGUGCACGGGAAGCGUGACUGUUGAACUCGCGUCCGUUGUCAAUUUGAACAGAAAACACUGGCAACUGAAACUGAGUGCGCGCGUAGGCAUAGAAAUCACGCAAAAUGGGCAGCACGUCAGAUUUGUUCUUGAGAGGGAAGGUCCAGACAUAAUGAGUGUAAUCGUCAAGAACCAGGUAGAAUUGGUAGCCAGAAAUGCUAGGAACAGGAGAUGUCCAUACAUCCAAGUGCAGUAGUUGAAAUGGGAAAUAAGCACAGCUAAGAGAAUCUGAAAAAGGCAAGCGCACAUGUUUGGCAACGCGACAUGCGUGGCAAGAGUGAGGCGCUGAUUUUGUGAAACUAAAUGGAAACUGACUAGCUACAUGCUGAAGUUGUGCGAGUCCUGGAUGCCCAAGGCGCUGGUGCAGGCGAUCGGUGGUGACAGCGCCAGCGAAGGGAAGCACAGUGGACCGGGCCGCCGUCACAGAGUAGAGGUCGCCAUCGGAAUCACAGCGGAGGAUCACCACCUGAGUUCGCAGGUCCUUGACAGAGAAACCAAGCAAGUCAAAUUCCACUGAAACGGGAUUGUCACGGCAAAUUUGACGGACAGAAAGGAGGUUUUUGAUGAGAGAAGGUGAGACAAGAACGUUGCGUAGCUGUACGGGGGAGGUGCUAGUAAUGAGAGAACCAGAACCAGUGUGUGUAAUGGGAAGAUGCUCACCACUGCCAACGAUAAUAUGAGAGGA